AUGGUAAACACUGGAAUGAAGGGUAUGAUUCCCAAAGAGAUUGGUAACUUCUUAAGAUCAUUGACAGUCCUAAUAAUGAAUAACAACCAAAUUACUGGUACCAUUCCUACUUCAAUAGGAAAACUAAAACAACUUCAAGGUUUUCAUAUUAGUAACAAUAGCUUAGAAGGAAACAUCCCAACAGAACUUUGUCAACUAGAGAAUUUGGAUGAAUUAUAUCUGGGUAAUAACAAGCUCUCUGGAGUAAUACCUGCAUACUCUGAUAACCUUUCAGCUUUAAGAACUCUGUCAUUAGGCUCCAACAACUUCAAUUCUAUAAUGCCAUCUUCUUUGUGGGGUCUUUCUUAUAUCUUACAUCUAAAUCUAUCAUCAAAUUCUCUAACUGGAUCUCUCCUAGUAGAGAUUGGAAAUCUUGAAGUUGUAUUAGACAUUGUCUCCAAGAAUCAACUCUCUGGUGAAAUCCCAAGUAGCAUUAGAGGACUCACAAACUUGGUUAAUCUCUCAUUGUCGCAUAAUGAACUCGAAGGCUCAAUUCCAGACUCAUUUGGCUACUUGGUUAACUUGAAAAUCUUGGACUUGUCCAGUCGAGGGAACUUUGGAUCAGUCUACAAGGCAACACUGUCAGAUGGAACAAUUGCUGCAGUUAAGAUAUUCAAUUUGCUAAAUCAAAAUGCAAACAAGAGUUUUGAAUUAUUUUGCGAGAUUUUGUGCAACAUACGCCAUAGAGACCUUGUCAAAAUCAUUACAAGCUGCAGCAAUGUGGAUUUCAAAGCAUUGACACUAGAAUAUAUGCCAAAUGGGAAUCUUGAUAUGUGGUUGUAUCAUCAUGAUUAUGGCUUGAAUAUGCUAGAGAGAUUGAAUAUCAUGAUUGAUGUUGCUUUAGCUUUGGAUUAUCUUCACAAUGGUUAUGGGAAACCUAUAGUUCACUGUGAUCUAAAGCCUAGCAAUAUACUGUUGGAUGAAGAUAUGGUUGCACACUUGACAGAUUUUGGGAUUUCAAAACUCUUGGGUGGAGGAGAUUCUAUAACACAGACUAUAACCUUAGCAACUGUGGGAUAUAUGGCUCCAGAUAACAAUAGUUUCUAA